UAUGGUUGUAGUGUUGUUAUAUCAAUUUAAAUUUUAAAUAAUUUAUUGCUUCUUGGCACACUCAGGUGUGCUCAGCUCUAAACCAGGUCUUGAAGUUUGUAUGAAAUCACAACAUGGGAAUACAGAAAGAAAUGGAUGUGUCUGUCGUUUACAAAGGAGGUGGAUCGUUUGUGAAACUGCCCCCAAUAUUUUCCAGUGAUGGCAAGAGUAUUUUUGUGUGUUCCAAGAACACUGUGUUGGAAUAUAACACCAAAACAGGUAAACUGAUAUAUGAAUAUAAGGGAUUGUCAACCAAUAUAGUUGGAUUUAACUAUCAUAUCCAUGAUUCUCACCAAUGCCUCACAGUAUGCUCUGAGAGUGGUAAAACAAUUUCAUGGAAAAUUCUUACACACACCAAAGUAUUGGAAAAGCAAUUACCUUUCAAAAUAGUGAAAACUUUCAAUGUGAUUUUUUCAACUAGUUCAAAUUUGAAAGCAGUGAUAUCCUAUCAGAGCAAAGAAAAAAUUCAGUUUGCAAUCACAGAUAUUCAAGAAAAGACUUCUAAGAAAAUUAAAUUGCAAAUACCAUGUGAUAAAAACAAUUAUUUUAUGAACAUCAGUAAUAAUGAGUAUUUUUCUGUGGCCCAUGGAAAUAGGCUUCAUUUUGUUAAUCUAACAGACCCCAGGAUUAUAUCAAGAUGUAGUAUACAUGAUAGCAGAACUUUUACAUGUGUUGCCUGUCAUCCUUCAGAGCAAAUAGUACUUACUGGUGACAGUACAGGAAGAGUCUUAGUAUGGCAGAAUCUAUUCUCAAAAGAAAAAAUUCAAACUGUGUUUCAUUGGCAUACAUUACCUGUUCGAACUGUGUGUUUUUCCACAUCUGGAAGCUAUUUCUACAGUGGUGGAGAGGAAUGUGUUUUAGUAAAGUGGCAAUUAGAAAAUGUGAAUGAUAAAAAAUUUGUGCCACGUCUAGCUGCAGAAAUAAAUCAAAUUGUUGUUGCUAACAAUAAUUUGUAUGUAGCAGUUGCAACACAGGAUAAUGCAAUAAAAAUAUUUGAUUCAACAUUGAAUCAAUUAACUCUCAUACAACAUUUAGUUCUGGGGCAACACUAUGAUAGUGGAAUUGUCUAUGAUCCUAGAACUAAGGCUUUAAUCAUGAAUGGAAAUAAAGGACAACUACAAUUUUAUACACCUGAAGAUAUGUCACUUUUGUAUAGUGUUGAUAUAGUUGGACAAAAUAAAGUUACUAAUGAACGAGAAUGUGUCAUCUUGAAUACUGAGAUAACUAAAGUAGCUAUUAGCCAAAGUGGUCUUUGGCUAGCUAGUGUUGAAGAGAGGAAAGAUAUUGAUUUCCAUAAUGAAAUAAGGCUAAAGUUUUGGAAUUUUGAUGAGUCUAAACAAACGUUCACUUUGAAUACCUCUAUUGAAUAUCCUCAUGAUGAUUCUAUCAAUUGCUUAUUGUUUCAACCUACUCUGAGGGAUGAAUAUCUGAGAUGUGUAACUGUUGGAAAUGAUAAAAAGUUCAAAAUAUGGCAAGUUGUGGAUUGCUCUACAGUUUAUAAAAAGAGCUUGGCCUGGAAAUGUCAUGGAGUCGGUUUCUACAGAGACUUGCCGUGUUCAACUCUCUCCUUUGCAAUGGACGGUUCACUGAUGGCUAUAGGUUUCGGACAAAUUUUGACUGCUUGGGUGCCUGAUUCUUGUGAGUUGAAAUGUUCUUUGAGCCAUCCAAUUUACCGGGAUAAGCUUAAAUGGGUGCAGUUCGGACAUGGAAACCACUGUCACUUAUUGGUCAGUGCUAGUGACUAUCAGCUGAGUGUUUGGAAUAUUUUGACAUUGUCUAUGACGUGGACUGUUCCCCUUGCAGUAUUUUCGUUGAUAUUUGAUCCACUGUUGGCUUACAUGGCAGUUAUUACACAAGAUAGGAAAGUUUUUGUAUUUUCCCCUGGAUCCCCUGAACCGAUAUAUGAAAGUAAAAAUUUGUUGAAACAAUUCAAUAAUAUACUAACAGCGAGUUUCAUUCCCAGUAGAUACAGCAAUGAUUCACGUUUGAAUUGGUUUGAGAGGUCCCAUAUCUAUUUUAUUACUUCAGAAAAGGAGCUAUACUGUCUCAGUGGUAAUCAGACCGUUCCUGAAUUCACCAUGGAAGUAGAAAGUGAUGAAUACACUGUGUUUAGUUCAAUAACUCCAAAUACAAAAAUAAAUCUGAACUCAACAACAAAACCAAACAGACACUUAUUUGAAAAAGAUUCUGGCCGUAAAACGAUAAAAAAGUAUUUGGAAGGACCUAUACAUACGAUGGCACCCAUACGAUUUUCUUGUCAUUCUCUACUAAAAUCUUUAGUUAUCCAGAAGGACGCUUUGAAUGUAACUUGAUAGUUUGGCAUUAAAAUAAUAUC